AUGGGCCUCUUCUGUCGGUCAAGUCGUGGCAGUAGCAAGAGCGGAAAGAAGGGCCGGGGCAAGGCCGAUGGAGGCAUGACGGCCAAGGAGGUGAACGCUGCGGUAAAGAAGGCGACGGCCGUGGCCAAGACUUCGGGAUCCGGCACGGUAGUUCUCCUCAAUGUUCCGCUCUCCCCGGCUGCACUGCCAAAGCCGUUGCUCAAGCUCGGUAGAGAGCUCAAGUCGCUCACGCUUGGCUCGAACGGUCUCGGCCGGCUGCCCAAGGACCUGCUGACCUUUGCGUCGUCGCUCGUGGAACUCAACGUCCACGACAACCCCAUCAAGAUGCUCCCGGUCGGCUUUGAGCAGUUUACCAUGCUCGAGACGCUGCGGGUGGCCCGAAACGACCUGUCGCCGUCGGUGCCAAUGACGCUCGGCAUGCUCAAGCACCUGCGGAUCCUGGACAUUUCACACAACCGGAUCAAGAGUCUCAACUCAGGCCUCACCGGCCUAGCUGCACUCACCAAGCUCGAUGCCUCGCAUAACGCCAUUGCUAGUGGUGAUGAACACAUCAUGGGCCUGGAAAACUUGACCUCGCUCGACUUGUCGCAUAACAAGUUGUCGGCGGUGAGCGAUCGGCUCUCCGCGCUGGCACGCCUCGUCUCGCUCAAUGUCGGUCACAACGCGCUGCUUGAGCUCCCAGACGUGUUUGACUCGCUCACCAGCCUUCGCAUGCUUCAGCUCGAUGGCAACAUGCUGCAGACGCUGCCACUUUCACUCGGAGCGCUUGCCGGUGGCAUUCUCUCGGUCGUCUCGCUCGGGGGCAACACUCUUGAUGACAUGCCGGACUCGGUCAUGCCUGACAUGGAGACGGCCGAGCUGUUGGAGGCGCUUGCCGCGCUUGCGCACGGCGACGACGAGCCUACAGCGCCGACGCUCACGGGCGAGGUGAGCGGCUCCGACGCCGACGGCUCACGCCUCGACUCGGAUGACGAGCCCGACAGCGACGGCGACGAGCAUGACCUGUUGCUGCCCUCGCCGUCACGGCCGCUCAUCCCACCUGACCUCCCAAACCCGCUCGCCACCGAUUCGCGUGAGGGGACUGGGGAGUGGCAGGGCUCGGGCUCCGAUGCCUGGGCAGUGGUCCCAGCCACAGGUGACGACGGCGACGUGGCGUCGGACCAGUUCUACGGCGAAGACCUUGUUCUUGCCCACACCUACGAGCACACCUACGAGCACACCUACGAGCACACUUACGAGAACAUCUACGAGCAGAGCGGCAAAGACGAUGGCGACGACGGUGACGGCAAUGACAAUUACGAGUACGAGCAGGAUCCUGGAAGCGACGACGGCUACGAGAGCGCGAGUAGUCACGACCUUCAUCACCGGCGGGUCAUCUCCUCUGUGGUUCUCGACAGCGAAGACAGUGUCGCCGAGCUUCUGCUGCGGUCGAUAUCGCUCGGCUCGCUGGGCUCGGUCCUCACCGCCACGUCCGAGUCGUCAGCGUUUGUGUUUCCGACUGCGCCUGCAUUGGGCCCGCGGUCGCGGGCAUUGCGCGACCACAAUCCGAAGCGACGUGCUGCUCGGACAGCGUCAAACAAGGACCUCGGAGUCCGCCGUGAGGUUACUCAGCUCAUUAACGAUGUCAUGCUCACGGUGGCCGAGGCGUCGGACCGCGCCCGUGCGCUUCCGCACUGCUCGGCCAAGCUUGAGUUGCUGGCGCACAUUGCCGAGGUCAACAAGGCCUCGCUCCAGCUCGUCAACGCGGCGUCUGCACUGUCGCAGGCCGCAGAGCCGGUGACGGCGUCCAUGACGUUGCAAUCUGAGAUGGUGACCACUCGCGCAUGCCUAGUAGCUGUCCGCGCUGGCAUGGACAAGCUGGACACGAAAGAGACGCCAGUGCGCAGGUCGCCACCGCGACAAUGUCCUGUGCGCCGCCACGCCUCGCCGCAGGCCUCGCCCAUCACCGCGGUCGAGUCGCCUCACCGUACAGCUCGACAGGACUCGGUUUCUCCGCCAGACACCGGUAUGCGUGCUCUGCAGGCUUCACUCCACGAGGCGGACGCAGUGCUGAGCAUGGUCCGCGCGGCAUGUGGGCCGGAGCUUCUUCCGACGCCGGUGCGGCCGGCUCGGGCACUGAGCCCGUCGCCGCUCGACGAGCACCUCCGAGCGAUGGCCCUCGCGGCUCGCGAGGCCGAGCUGGCGGCCCGCGAGGCGCAACUUGCUGAGCGGGAAGCGCAGCUGGCUGCCGCCGCCGCCGCUGUAGAUGAGACGGAGACGGAAGGCUGCUGCCGCGAGUCGGACGAUGCGUUUACUCUUGUGAAUCCGGCCGAUGACGACGAGUGCGAGCUGCUGAUGCAGGACUUGCUUGCGGAAGGACUGCAGGUGCCAGCGGCGGCCGUGGCCGCAGCGAUCGAGGGCAGCAGCACGCCCAGCAAGCGGACAGCGGCACUAGGCAGCGGUGAGCCGCCGCUUCGGUGGGCGCCGUUGGGCUCACCGCCGCGGCGCGGCAACGCCGUCGGUGCGGCGGCUGGCUGA